UUGUGUGUACUCGGGAACGCGACAGAGGGGGUUGAAUGAUUAAGCCCAGUUCGUUUUUUUUUAGAUGCUCCACCACCCAGAGGGAGACAGUUUGAAUUUUGAUUCGAGCGCUUGCCGAGGAUCGUAAUUUUUGAGACAUGCCUUCGGCGGGAUUGGAGAUACUCGGAGUGGUGCUGGCCGUGCUGGGAUGGAUCCUGGCCCUGACGUCGUGCAUUCUGCCCAUGUGGAGGGUGACGGCCUUCAUCGGCAGCAAUAUCGUGACGGCGCAGAACAUCUGGGAGGGGAUCUGGAUGAGCUGCGUGGUGCAGAGCACGGGUCAGAUGCAGUGUAAGAUCUACGACUCCAUGCUGGCCCUCAGCGGCGAUCUACAGGCCGCCCGGGCUCUCACCGUCAUCUCCAUCGUGGUGGGCCUGGUGGGCAUCCUGGUGGCCAUGACGGGGGCAAAGUGCACCAACUGCGUGGAGGAGGAGCGGGACAAAGCCCGGGUGAUGAUCGGAGCCGGGACGGCGUUCAUCCUGGCGUCGCUGACGCAGCUCAUCCCGGUGUCGUGGUCGGCCAAUGCCAUCAUCGCCGAAUUCUACAAUCCCGCGGUCCUCAGCGCACAGAAGAGAGAGAUGGGCGCGGCUUUGUACGCCGGCUGGGCCGCCGCCGCCUUCUUGCUCCUCGGCGGAUGCAUCCUGUGCUCCAGCUGCCCAUCGAGGCCCGAGAAGAGGUACGGGCCCCCGGGAAAGAUCGUAUACCCGCCCAGCAGAUCCAUCCCAGCAAGUGGCUAUGAGCAGAGAAACUACGUCUGAUGCGGCUUUUAAUGGACGCUUCUGAACUUUUGACCUCUAUUGAAAAUGUUAUUAUUAUAAACUCAUCUUAGAUAUCAACCCCAAAAAAAAUCUGAAAUAUACACAACUAUUAUUUUGUAUUAAAGUCUGUUUGGAUGCCUGAA